ACUCAAAGAAUCUCCAUUCUUUCGACAAAAAAAAAGAAAGUGUCUCCAUUCUCGAACGACGAACAGGGGAAAUAGAGGUCAAUUGUUUGCGCUAAAAUUUCAUCCGGCGGGCAGGGGAAACAGAGGCUAAUAUAUUGCGCUAGAAUUCCGUCCGGUGAAUUCCUUCAAGUGGUUAUAUUUUUGGAGGAAAUUUUAAUUUGUCGUGGGCAUCUGAUUUUGGCGGUCAAUUUCUGGAGUUCAACUGUUGAAGACUACGCCGAAAAAGGUUACCUUGCCUAGUUAUGGUACCUUAUUUAAUCUAUUGAAUUUCUGAUUUUUAUUGAUGAUUUAUUGGUUUGCUUAUUAUUAAUGUGUUUUUAUUGAAGAUGGAUAAAAGUUGGAUGAACAAGUCAAGAAGUACGGAGGAAUAUAUACAGGGGUUAAACAAAUUUUUGGAUUUCGCUUAUGCUUCUCCAUGUUGUCGCGAUGCACAAAUUUUAUGUCCGUGCAAGAAAUGUUGCAAUCGGUCAUGGUUAUCUCGUCCCGAUGUGCACAAUCACUUGGUAUGCUUCAGAUUCUUCCCCAAUUACACAAAUUGGGUUUUACAUGGAGAAAGUUCUUUCCAUGCAUCGCCUUCUACGGGCGCAACAAAUCAAGAUUAUGAGGAUUCUGACAAUGAUCUCGAUGACAUGCUUGGUGAUCUGGAGAACGACAUUCAGUCCGGAAUAGAAGCAGAUGAAACAAACGCGGAGGUUCGUAAAAUUUCGAGGUUGGUAGAAGCACAUCAAACUCCACUAUUUCCUGGUUGUACUAGUCAUACCAAGCUUUCCUUCAUCAUCAGAUUAUUUCACGUGAAGUGUGUUGGGAAAUGGUCCAUCAAAUCGCUUGAUAUGUUGUUAGAGUUAUUGCGAGAAGUACUUUCUACAGGAGAAACUUUACAUAAAUCUCACUAUGAAUUGAAGAAAGUUAGGUCAGAAUUGGGGCUGAGUCAGAAAACUUAUGACGCUUGUUAGAAUGACUGCAUGUUAUUUUGGAAAAAGCAUAUCAAUGCGUCCAAGUGUGUGAUAUGUAAAGCUGAUAGGUGGCAAAAUACAUCGAGUGAUCCAACUGCUUCAACGGAAUCCAAGUCUACCAAAAUCCCUUUGAAGAAGCUCCGCUACUUUCCAAUAGGGCCAAGACUUCAAAGGUUGUUCAUUACGCCAGACACAGCAAAUUUGAUGCGUUGGCAUGCUGAAAGUCGUGUAAAAGACGACAACUUGAGGCACCUGGCAGAUUCUCCAGCAUGGAAAACUUUUGACUUUCAUCAUCCAAAUUUUGCUUCCGAUCCUCGCAACGUUCGAUUGGGUUUAGCAGCUGAUGGUUUCAACCCUUUCAGAUCAAUGAGUACUUCACACAGCACAUGGCCAGUUGUUAUGAUGGCAUAUAAUUUGCCUCCUUGGUUAAACAUGAAGGAGCCAUACAUAUUUUUAACCCUGCUGAUUCCUGGUCCAAAGUCUCCUGGAAAUGACAUCGAUGUGUAUUUGCAGCCGAUGAUUGAGGAUUUACAAGGUUUAUGGAAUGAUGGUGUAGAAACUUAUGACGCAUCUUUUAAGCAAACUUUUAAAAUGAGGGCAGCACUGAUGUGGACAAUAAGUGACUUCCCAGGCUAUGCAAUGUUAUCAGGAUGGGGCACUAAAGGUUCGCUAGCAUGUCCUUCUUGUCAUAAGUAUACACAUUCGCAGUGGUUGUACCAGGGUAAAAAAUAUUGCUACUUAGGCCAUCGCAGAUUUUUGCCUUCUAACCAUGUACUCAGACACCAUAAAAUAUCCUUUGACAAUCAACAAGAGUUCAGACCUGCUCCUAAACCAUUGUCUGGGUCUGAGGUGUUAAAUGAGUUACAGGGCAAGCAGAUCACGUUUGGCAAAGAAUGUCAUAAUGAGACUCUACCUCAUGGUUGGAAGAAAAGAAGUAUAUUCUUUGAGUUGCCAUAUUGGGAGAGUAACCUACUAAGGCACAAUCUUGAUGUGAUGCAUAUUGAGAAGAAUGUAUGUGAUAGCAUUCUCUUUACAUUAUUGAAUGUUGCUGGGAGGUCAAAAGAUGGUGUCAAAGCUCGUCAGGAUAUGCAAUUGCUAAGGAUAUGCAAUUGCUAAGGAUAAGGGAGGGACUACAUCCACAGAGGCAUCCUUCUGGUAAGUUGUUCAUUCGUGAUGCAUCUUUUACGCUCACUUCUAGAAAGAAGCAAACUUUGUGUGGGGUACUGAAGAGUGUCAAAGUACCCGAUGCCUAUGCUGCUAAUAUAGCUAAUUGUGUGAACCUGCAAAAUCGUAAAAUCUCGGGUUUGAAAAGUCAUGAUACUCAUAUUAUAAUGCAACAACUUCUUCCUUUGGCAGAGGCUUGAAGCAAGAUGAAUUGGGAUUCACUCUGGUGAAUUUUAACCGGCGAAUGGAUGACAAAGAACCAUUUAUUAUGGCUUCACAGGCUCAACAAGUGUUUUAUGUUGAUGAUCCCAUUGAGAAAAAUUGGAAAGUGGUUGUCAGAACUACACCAAGAGAUUUAUGCGACAUGAGUAUAGAAGGAGACGAGGAAGAUGUUGAUACUUAUUUACAAAGUGAGGCUGCAAGUGGAGAAUUUUCGGAAGACAUUCCAAAUGAUGGAGAUACUGAUUGGAUUAGUGCAAGCGGCAAGGGAUCUCUUGUAGAUGCUUCGCCUGAAUCAUCUGCUGGAAUCAGAAGAAGGGCAGGUUUUGAAGCACCACAAGUGGAAGAUGAUGAUGAAGUCGGGGAUGAUAAUAUGGAUGUUGAGUACUAGCUCUAAUUAAAUUUGUUUUCUGUU